AAAAAAACGUCGCAUACGCACACACAGACAGCCCGAUAAAGACGAGGAAGCGGGGCUAGCUGCGCGCUGUUGGGCACUAGUACGGUGCCUUGGUGCAUCUGGGAAGGGGGGCUUCGCGGUCACGUGACCGAGCUGCGUUUUGAGCGCACUAACCCAGACUGUAAAUAGGGAGUGUACAUAGUGUGAUACGGUGAGUGCUUAGGUGCGUGGGAUUUUAGUUGGCAAUGAGUUCAACCAACAAAUCCUUGGUGUCCUCUGGUAGUAGAGGCACCAGUAAAAAUAAAUCACAACAACAUGGCAAAUCUGAUCAUCACCAUCAGACCAAAUCAUCAGAUUCGACCAAGCAUGAUAAGGCCCAGCAAAACACAAAUCAAAUGCGGAAUGCACAAAUUAUCGAUACCAGAAUGGCGGGUGGCGAGGAUCCUAUUCUGAAGGAGCGCAUCAAACAGGUCAUGGAUAUGACCCGACGUUCAGAAGACGAGGUGAUCAUGGCUCUGCACGAUAGCGAUGGAGAUCUGGAUCGUGCCGUUAACGAUCUUCUGGAGGGUGUGAAAACAGAAUGGGAGGUUAAAAAGAAGAAGCCUCGUCAACCCAGUGGUUCCAAGCAGACUACAGAUCAGUCAGGUGGACAGGAUGAUAACGGCGAUUGGGAAGAACGACGCAACCAGCGUGGUGGCGGGCCUCCGCGUAUGCGUGGCCGCGCUAAUCACGACAAUCGUGGCUGGCGUGGACGGGAAAAUAAGGAGAAUGAAAGGAACAUGGAAGACGGUGUGCGCGACGGCAGCUAUAGUAGAAGAGGUAGGGGUGGAUCUGGAAGAUCGGGUCGUGGAUGUCGUAGCAGUGGUCGAGGUCUUGGUCCAAGGACAUUUGCUAAUCGUAACGAUCCAUCGUCUACCUCCACUGCUCAUGGUUUUAAUCGGCCCAUUGAAACCUGGACAGGUAGUGAGGAACAACAACAAAGUAUUCAAGAACCUAAAAUGGAUGCUUGGAAUAAUUUGGACUCUACAGAAGACUGGGAUAACGAGGAGUACACGGGCUCUUUGGCAGAUACUAAAGUCUUUACUCCGAGCACGAAUAUCCUUGAACCUCCGUCUGUUCUGGAAGAACAAAAGCCUCAAGAAAUGUCAUCCACGCAGUCGGGUCAGGGAGUUAACCUGUCACUACUUCAGCAGGAGGAACUACCAAAAUUGUCGGACAUGUCUACGAUGCAGCAGCAGAGUUUAAUACCUCAGCAGCAGCAAACCCAACAACAGCAACAACAGCAGCAAGUAUUGGGCUUGCCAACGAUGCAACUAUCACAAUCGAGCGCUCUUAGCGGUCCACUAAAUGCGGCACAAACUCAAUAUUUCACGCAACUUACUCAACAAACAAGCGAAAAUUUAAAAGCAGCUGCACAAACAUCAUUUUCGUCGUCUAUGUCCAGUCAGCCUCAGAGACAAACAAAACAACGUCCAAGAGUACCUCCGCCAUCAAAAAUACCCUCGAGUGCCGUGGAAAUGCCUGGUGACGCAGUGAACAGCGGAAUCGGCUUUCUCGAUGUACAGUUUGGUGCGCUUGAAUUUGGUAGUGAUUCCAGCUCCCUUGACGGUUCAUCGAAUGAAAAAUACAACUCCACGAGUAACACAAUUACUGGUGUAGACAUGACUUCCGGUGCGAGUACUGCGAACACUGCCAAUGCGAGUAAUUCGCUCGACAUCGAAACUACGCAGACUUCCACUACACCGUUUAACGCCAGUUCACAGAUGUUACAGAGUACCGACACUUUGCCAGCUUCCAACGAGCACACGAUUAGUUCUCAAAGUUUCACUCGUGGAAGCACCAGUGGCCAAAGCUUGGAUAUAACUAAACCAGAUUUCACGUCACAGGUCUCACCUGGAAAUGCACCAACGUACGGUGGUACGACGACCUAUCAGCCGUCGCAAAAGUCCACUUUCCAACCGUCGAGUGGUACACCAAGCACCUAUAAUGCGUAUUCAACUAAUAACCAAUCUCAGUCUAGCUUCCAAAAUGCGUCGGGCGCUAACGUGAGUAGUUAUUCUGCGACAGCGACUGUUUCACAGGCGAGUUAUAACUCGUCGACGUCGUUUCCGCAAUCUAACACGUCGAACUUCAGUCAACCUUCUCCUUCCGCAUCGGCGUCUGCAACUUCCGGUUACAAUCAACCCACCACUAGCAGCCAGGUUUAUCCAUCUGCAAGUGGAUAUGUACCGGCUACAACAUCGCAAUAUCCAGCACAAGCUACCAACACGGUAUCAAACAGCAAUGCAGGGUAUCAAACUUAUCAGCCCCAGUAUCAAUCUUCUGUGACGACGUUCACAUCUCCGAUAACGCAAAGUUCCGGUUAUCAAAGUGCUGCGCAGUCCGUUUACGCGAAUCCGUAUGGUAGUUAUGCCAGCCAACCACAGACAGCGUCACACAAUCACAAAUUGAACAGCACCACGACGAAGGAUUCACAGUAUGACAGCAGUGCAACGACGUCAAAUAGUUCUCUCGCGACAACCAGUGCACCAACGUUGGGUCUCACCUCGACGUCUGUCAAUAGCUCACAGACAAAAGUGACGAAUUCCAAUGCUGUUCCGAAAAGCACGUCGAGCGGAGUAGUGACGGGUAGCAGUGGUACUGGCAAUAUGACUGGCGGUGGUGCGGCUGGAAGUAUGACUCCAAUGCUCACGAGUCAUCAAUACAUUAUGGGUCAGGCGGGCGUACCGUACGCAGCUUUCCAGCAACCCGUGUACAGCUAUGAAGACUUGCAACUUGUACAACAGAGAAUACCACACAUGCCAACAACUUACUAUGACGCGGCUCUGGGCUAUCAGACAACCGGUCCGGCUACCAGUCUUGGUGGUGGCAGAGGCGAUGCUUUAUCUGGCGUGCAAGGUGUACAAGGUGUCCAAGGUGUCCAAGGAGCCUAUACCAGUAUUAGCGACGCCAGGUUUGCUAGAAACGAUAGCAACGCGUCACCAGUUCCUUCCACUAUGUCGCAGCAGACCGCCACGCAGCAUCAGCAGCCAAUGAUAAAUCCUACUCUUCCUCCGGGAUACGCAUACGCAUUUACUUACGGUAGCGGAAUUAUGCCAGGAGGUUUUCAGUAUGGAACUCCUGCCAUUUAUCCGCAAAUAGCAACGGCCGGCAAUGCCGGCACGAAUAGUGGCGCGUACAGCGCUAAGCCGGGUAGCUACGGAUCUGGUUAUGGCGCCGGUGCAAGCUACGAUGCGCUAGCGUCUGCAGGCCCGUCCGGAGAAUACAAAGGCGCCGGUAGCAGUUAUACCGGAACUCAAACCGGUAAAACCGGUACUUCCACAGGAAAUACCAAUACCGCUGGCUCUUCUGCAACAGAUAUGAGCGCCACAAUGUACGCCAAGAGUCAUGUCGCUCUUGGCAAAGUAAAUUCUUACGAAAAACAGACUUUCCACUCGGCUACGCCACCACCGUUCGGUCUUACGGGAAGUCAAAACGCUGGCUUGCCCGGUGGUUACGGUGGCCCACACUUAUUCAUCCCGACUAUACCGCAUCAGUUGCAUCAGCCGCUUCAUCAGGAUGGCGGUAACAGCGGCAACCAAAGGUCCAAUACGAGUUCGCAGAACAAAGCUCAAGCGAAGCCUGGAUAUAGUCCUAGUUAUUGGACCGGUAGCAACUAAAAAGAAACAAAAGACAAACUUUUAAACGCGACACAGAGGAAGGACGAAAUAACGUAACAUCCUAGUAGAAUAACAAGUCGUCUUUCGUUGUGAAUUGCGAUGGUGUUACAUAAGAGACUUUGACAUUGUCAAUAGUUAAAAAUGACGGAUAAAAAUAAUAGACGAGAGACUUCACUUUUUUGGGAAUUAACACGAGUCAAUGCGAAAAAAAGAGUGAAUACUUUUGAAAAAUUGAAAGGUAUAUGCAAUUAUUAACCAGAUGCUUCCCUCAAUGGUAACGAACAACCAAUUCCCGUGUGUAUGUUGUAUGCUACAUUCACUUGUACUUGAUCUAUAAUUUAUUUGUUCAGUUCAGCACACUCGCAAACUUCUCCAAGAGACUGGUGUAGAGCGCGAUAUCACAAUAAUUCCUUGCAUUUUAUUAUGCGAUGGUAUACGUGUAAGUCCUAUAUAUAAUAAUUUGCAUAUUCCUUCUAACUGUGAAUUGCACUCGUGCCAAAUGAAAUUGUAGCGUUUGUAACGCGAUGGAUUGCGAAAAACGGAUUAUCGUUUGCAUUGAUUAUGGAUUCUAUGACGUGACCAUGUCACAGAAUUCACGACAAGUGAUCUGGUACAUCAUGCGAUACAAAGUCAAUAUCGUGACUUGUUCGUACGAUGCACCGGAAAAAAAACUAGAAGAAUAAUAUAUCCGUCGAAUUUUCGCAUCAGAUCUCCUGUUUGUACAUUACAGUGCAAUUUCGAAUGUAUUUGUAUUUGACUGGUAAUUAUAGGAUGAUAGUGUGUCUUUAUAUUGUUCUCUUUUCUUUUUCUCGUGUAUGUAAGAGUCGUGGCUUAAUAAAUAUGAAAAUUGCAUCUUUGUGAGGUAGUGUAAUUUCCGUUGAGCGUAAAUAAAGGUGUACGCGUGAAAACGUACGCUUGUAUAAAUUUAUUAUUAUCGCGUUUUGUAGCGUUUUUAUUUUUGGUAUGGUUCGUCACAGCGACCUUGUAAAAAGUCUAAUCGUUGCACAUUUGAUUUAAACGCAUCUUUGUGUUUAAUAUUGAUUUUUUAAUUGCUUCCUAAUAAUAUAUCUAUUUCAUAUUAUAUUAAAAUUAUUGCAUAUAAUCUCGGUUAAACAGAGAACCAUAUGCAACCCGCUUUAUUUCUAAGUGUAGUUAAAAAAUCAAAUAUGCCACAAAUAUGUAGUAAAAAUAAUGUUCUGCUCUUUUAUUAUUUUUGUAUCUAUCUUUACCUUUUGUCUCUCGUUAAAUCCGCAUAUUCAACCAAACACGCGAAACGAUGUAUAGGUCUUUUAUUUUUCAUAAGUUUGACUUUAAUUGUGGUUUACGGUUUUUUUAUUCAAACGGAAUAAACUGAAUUAUGAGAGUUAAAAGAGUAUCAAAUUAGUAUACUUUUAUAUAAAGAAUCGCUAUAUACUUUUUGUUUCUCAUUUAUUAAUUUAAGUCGGCAAUUUGACGCCACUUAAGCGAUUUGAUUGAUAAAAUAAAGGUUUAAAAUCAUGAUAUUUGUUGGAAAGUAUUGUGGACAUAUCUAAAAACGUUACGGAUUAUCAUUUGGCAUACUAGUGCACUUCUUGAUAUUAAAAAAAAAAAAAAAAUAGAUAAUUCUUUUCAGGAAAGAAUCGAUUUCCAUUACAGAUUAGUAAGUUCUGAUCUUUAUUGUAUCACAAGUUUUUGAAGAAAAAGCGUCAGUGACGUUAAAUAAAAAAUUAGUUUUUUUUAUGACUCAAAAAAAAGUAGUCGCACUCGGAACUUUGCUCGUAAUGCGGAGCACGCGGUGCGGCAAGGAGACAACAUGAUUUUCCAUUGCAGCAAACAAUCUUACACGUUCUUUGUUAUCUAGUGUAUGGAGUAGAGACAAGCUAAAAAAAAAUCGUGAUUGAUUAAAAUGACGAGACUUAACAUGACAGAUUAUCGAGACGAAUGAGCAUUAAUAGUAACAACGUAUGUGCAGUAACGGUGAUUAACAGCGAUAUUUGUAUCUUUUUCAUUAUGAGAUUGUAAUAAAAAGAAAGAAAGAAGCCAUUAUCGAUUCCGUCUGGUGUACACAUUCGUUAAUAUUGCAUUAUUCAUGCUGAUUAGAGGUGUGCGAACUGUAUAGCUAUAUACAUAAUCGGAAACGAAAUAAUACGCAUAUAUUGACCAACAAUAGAACACACAUAUUUUGAAGAUAUACUUUACAUUUUUGCAUUGUGAAUAAAGUGAAUGAUCGCAGAUAUUCUUCCGGUGAGCGCGAGAGAGUGAAAGAAAAAAAAAAAAAAUAACGAGGACACAACUAAAAGCAAAUACGUCGAACGAACGAGAGAAGUAAAUGUAUGUCAAGCGUUUUUCAACACGAAGGUGCUGUUAGAAUUGUUAUGACUUGCGUGUAUGAUAAAAAAACGUGAGGAAUAAUGUUUCUUCUAGCACGAAUACUAUGGACCGACCGGUCCGCGGUCGACAAAGCUUUACCGCUAAUAGGCGAGAGAGGUAAAUAGUUGUAAGUAAACUCUUGUUAGCGACUGCAUAUAUAUACAUAUAUAAAUAUAUAAAUACAUAAACUCGUAUAUAUAUAUAUAUAUACAUAAAAAAUGCGAUUUGAGUAGGAUGCGUUUUGAAAAGAUUGGAAGACCAAAUGUAGAUUAGCUUCCUUUUUUUUCGGAGAAAAGGUGUAAAUCUGUACUCAUAUAAAAACUUUUGAGAGAAAAAGAAAAGAAAAUCGGGCUACAUUAUCUUCGCCGUGGUUCUGCGCGCGAACGUGGACUGCUAUUAGCCACUUAUUACGAGUUAAUAAAAAGAUAUAAAUACACGCAGCCGGCGAGAUCAACGAAGGAGCGAACUGAUGGACCGGGAGACCGGGAGGAUCAAGUAACGUUUUUCGUUCUAUCUCUUAGUGUAUGUUUUAUAGUCGAUUCAGACUUCACAUCGUCUAUACUCGAAUCAAUUUAGGACGACAAAAGAAGUAUACUAAGUGUGAUGUAUAAUGGAAAAUAAUGGGAAAAGAUGCAAAAUAUAAUGCAGGAAGCAAAGGUACUGAAAACGAAGAAAAGAGAAAAAGAGUUAAGAUUUUCAGCGAGUUAAGCACGUUUGUUCUCAUAUAAUUAUAUACAUUAAUAAUUUUUGUAUUUUUGUCAAAUAUUAACCGAGCGAGAGAAUGCACGAUAUAUGCAUUACUCAACUAUUGCUAUUAUAUGAUCAAUAAUAAUAAUGAUAAAUAGCUACUACUGUGUAUAAAUAUGGAUAUAUAAGAAUAAAUGUAUUAAAGAAGUCUGGCAAUUUA